AUGGCGCUCUACCGCCCCGUCAAACGCAUCUUUGACGAGAUUCUCAACCUUGGCCCUCGAGAGAGGAACUCGCUCCCUUUCUUGGAGGGCAUGGCCCUCGCCGCUUCCUGGAACAAACUGGUUCUUAAAGUUGACCUGGCGCUGUGCGCAGGCUUUGACGGAGAUCGGCUUCCCAUGGCGGUAACGGUACAUCUUACAAAUCGCAUCAAGUCGGUCCUUGAGGGCCUCGCCGUCAGCAGCAAAGCCUACAACGGAUAG